AUGUAUAAUGAAGCGUUAGUGUUGAUCGAGGAUUUAUGUGUGGUAAUUUCAAAUUUACCACUUAAUUAUUAUGGCAUGCCACCACCUAAUCGCCCAGCUACCGACUUAGUCAACGUCGAUUUACAACGAGAAAAACAAUAUGACCGUGGAAAUUUAGCAACAAUUAUUGUGAACAGUGAGCCAUUACUGACACCAGAACAAAAAAAAAUUUAUGAUCGGAUUAUGCUGGCUGUUGCUGCUGAACAAGGUGGUUUUUUUUUCUUGGGCGCACCAGGGGGAACCGGUAAGACAUUUUUAAUAUCGUUGCUUCUUGCCAAAAUACGGUCGCAACAGAAAAUCGCAUUGGCAGUUGCAUCGUCAGGCAUUGCGGCUACUUUGCUAGAUGGUGGGCGAACGGCACAUUCAACAUUUAAGCUGCCAUUGGACAUUCAUCAUAAACCAAAUGCAAUAUGUAGCAUAAAAAAGAAUAGUGGAAUAGCUGCAGUGUUGCGAAAGAGUUCAAUAAUAAUUUGGGAUGAGUGCACAAUGGCUCACAAAUAUUCACUCGAAGCAUUGCAUAGAACUAUGCAAGAUUUGAACGGCAAUAAUAAACUUUUCGGUGGUGCUAUCUUACUUUUGUCGGGUGAUUUCCGACAGACUUUACCGGUUAUACCUCGCUCUACUUUCGCGGAUGAGAUUAAUGCAUCUUUGAAACAAUCAUUCUUAUGGCGAAGUGUUGAAACACUUCGAUUGACGAUAAACAUGCGCGAACGACUGCAAAAUGAUCCAUCAGCACAAAUAUUUUCCGAACAAUUACUACAUAUUGGGAACGGCAAAAUAGAAGUUCAACCAAAUAUGCAAUGCAUUAAACUGCCAGACAAUUUCUGCACUGUUCUUCAGGAAAAAAAUGAAUUGAUUCAAAGUAUUUUUCCGAAUAUACAGAAUAAUUACUUGAAUCACACCUGGCUCAGUCAUGGAGUGAUUUUGGCAGCUAGCAAUGUUGACGUUGACGAAAUUAACUUUCAGAUACAACAGUUGUUACCAGGCGAUCUGAUGUCUUUUAAAUCAAUCGAUACUGUUGUUGAUGAAAAUGAAAGUGUCAAUUUUCCAAUUGAAUUUUUAAAUUCACUAGAUAUACCUGGAAUGCCACCACAUAAUCUUCGAUUAAAGAUUGGUUCCCCUAUUAUUCUACUACGUAAUUUGAAUCCACCUCAAUUAUGCAACGGUACGCGUUUGGUCAUCAAAAAGAUCACUGGAAAUAUUCUUCAAGCAACCAUUUUAACUGGGAAGUUUAAAGGAAAAGUGGUCCUGUUGCCACGUAUUCCAAUGAUACCAUCAGAUUCUACCAUACCCUUCAGAAGGCUACAGUUUCCAAUUCGUUUAGCUUUUGCCAUGAUUAUAAAUAAGUCGCAAGGCCAAACAAUGUCCAUUUGUGGUUUAGAUUUGGAAAAUCCAUGUUUUUCCCAUGGGCAACUAUAUGUUGCAUGUUCACGUGUAGGAAAACCGUCGAAUCUAUGUGUGUUAGCUAAAGACAGGUUAACCAAAAAUAUUGUGCACCGAUUAGUGCUAAAUUAA